AUGGCACGACAAUGGGUCCUUAAGAGCCAAGAAGGCUUCGAGAAGUCACUCGAAUACCAAGACGACAUUCCAAUCCCACUGGCAUCCGAGCUCCGGUCCAAUGAAAUCCUCGUGAAAUUGUACGCUGCCAGCGUCAACUAUCGCGAACUCGAAAUUGCGAGCCCAGUCGGUGUCAAUGGUCCAAUAGAGACUCCGGUAGUGCCAGCGUGCGACGGCGCCGGAAUUGUUGAGGCUGUUGGUUCAUCAGUCCACAGAUUUCGUGCCGGAGAUCGGGUCGUGACACAUGUUGCUCCUAAGCUUGUCGAAUCCAGCGGAGAUGAGGCACAGUGCACCAUUUCGGACGUGGCUUUGUGCUUGGGACAAGGGACGGACGGAACGUUACGUUCCCAUGGAGUUUUCUCCGAAGCAGCACUAGUGCACGCUCCCGAAUCUUUGGGAUGGCUCGCUGCCUCCACACUCACUUGCACGUGGACAACGGCAUGGAAUGCGCUCUUUGGCAAGAAGGGGUCGGAGAUUGGACCGGAUUCUUGGAUUCUUGUCCAAGGGACAGGCGGCGUCAGCGUCGCUUCCCUUCAACUCGCGGUGGCGGUCGGUGCCACUGUCGUUGCGACCACAUCGACAGAGGAGCGGGCCUCUCGCUUGCGGUUGCUGGGGGCAGCUUACACGGUCAACUACCGCUCUAAUCCCGAAAAAUGGGGCGCUGAGGCCCGGAAGUUGACACCAAACGGAAGAGGCUUUGAUAUCGUCGUUGACAUUGGCGGUAAUCAAACCUUGACCCAAUCACUAGCAGCAGUACGGGCUGAAGGCACCGUUAUGGUACUGGGCGGUGUAGGUGAAAGCGCAGAGCCAGUCCCUCUCUUCUCUGUGCUGUUUCAUACUUGCGUGGUACGUGGCGUCCUCGCUGGCAGUCGAGCACAGCUUCGUGAGCUCGUGCAAUUCAUUGACGAGAAGGGAAUCAAGCCAGCGCUAGAUGAUGUGGUUUUCGAGUUGAAAGAGUCCAAGGAUGCCUACAGGCGCCUCAAGGAGAAGAAGCAUUUUUCCAAGGUUGUUAUUCGCAUCGAUCACCCGGAGGCCUGA